AACAAAAAUUUCUUCACUUUCUCUUUGAAAAGUAUCAUCAACACAAGAGACUAGAGAGAUAAACAAACCCACCACUGCUUCAGCUAACACACAUAAAUAUUUACGCACCAUUCACCAACACAAUCUGAUUCUUCAUCUUCCAUUACCAUUUCCUCUAAUUUAUUCAUUCCAUCAAAGCUUGGUAAAAACUUCAUCAAUGGAGUCAGAUGGGUCCCACUCAGAUCCAACUCCUGACUCCGAUACUCAACGACCCCUAACUGUUCUUGAAGAAUCCAUGGGUCAGCUUCGAUUAGAAAAUUCUGAUGCUUAUCCGGAAAGACCUGGUGCACCCGAUUGCAUUUAUUUCUUGAGAACCGGUGUUUGUAGCUAUGGUGAUCGUUGUCGUUUUAAUCACCCUCCUGAUCGUUCUCCUCCCCCGGUGGUAGGAAGCGGAAAUGGCGGCGGGGGAGACUUCCCUGAGCGAGAUGGUCAGCCUAUCUGUCAGUACUAUAUGAGGACCGGAACUUGCAGAUAUGGCACUUCUUGUAAGUACCAUCAUCCAAGGCAGGAAGCGAGUCCUGUGAGCCAUUUUGCACUAAAUGUCUAUGGAUAUCCCUUGCGACCGGGCGCGCAGGAGUGUGCUUACUACAUCAAAACAGGGCAGUGCAAGUUUGGGAUGACCUGCAAAUUUCAUCAUCCACCCCCUUCUACUGUGCCGUUGCAAACUGCAACACAAACUGCUGUUCCACCAGCCCCUUUAGCCUCUCCUAAUGUUUACUCGACUCCAACGGCAGCACCACAACCAUAUGGAGUAGUAUCGGGUAAUUGGUCUGUCGCGGGACCUUCUAUGGUGCCUGGUUCAUAUAUCCAAGGACCUUAUGGACCAAUGAUAUUUUCUUCAGGCGUAGUUCCUCUUACUGCUUGGGGGCCUUAUUCAGGGACUACUCCUUUGACCAAUCUCAAUACUCAGUCGGUUGGAGCUGGCCAAUUUUACGGGUUCAUGCCAUUGUCGCCUUCAGCACCUGCUUAUGCUGGGCCUUAUCAAGCCUUGUCAUCUGGUGGACCCAGUAAUGUUUCAAAAGAACAUUCAUAUCCUCAGAGACCUGGGCAACCUGAGUGUCAGCAUUACCUGAAAACAGGGGACUGCAAGUUUGGUUCAUCAUGUAAAUAUCAUCAUCCUGUACAAUGGGGUGCUCCAGAAACAAGUACUGCUCUAAGUGCCAUGGGUCUUCCCCUUCGUCCGGGUAUUCCAACUUGUAGUUACUAUGCACAACAUAGAGUAUGCAAGUUCGGACCCACAUGCAAGUAUGAUCAUCCAAUGGAAACUUUGAGUUACAGCCCCUCCACAUCGUCUCUAUCUGAUAUACCCGUGGCUCCUUAUCGUGUGGGAUCUUCCAUCGGAACUCUUGCUCCAUCGUCCUCAUCCUCGGAUUUUCGGGCUGAACUAAUGUCAGGAUCCAAUAAAGACAUUGUCACUACAUUGUCACCCUCUGUCAGUAUACCAAGCAGUUCAGCUGGGUCAGUAUCAUCAACAAGCGGGUCCAUAUCUCAGUCUAAUCCCCAACAGUCGAGCCAGAGUUCUGCUUCUGCUAUCAUUACUAGUAGCAAAGGGGAUGCUGGUCAUGUAGGUGCUCGUAGCUAAGACCAAUGCAGGAAGGCUCUAUAUAUUUCUUCUUUUUUUCUUUCUUUUUUUGCCUUUACUUUUUUUGUUUUUGUAGAUGAAAAUUCAGGACCCAUCAGAACUCCUAUUCUUUUGGACAAAACCCGAGGCAGACAACCUUCUCCUUGCCUAUUUAUCCUCGAUUCACUUCAGAAAGCGAAACUUUUCACAAAAAUGUUCAUAGAAUUUCAAUGGCCAUCCUUUUAUCCUUUCUUUAAUAAACCAUCCUGUACCUGUAGCAAAUCCUCAUAAUAAUAAUAAGGGGAAAAACUAAACAAAAAAAAGCCAUCUUCAUUCGACAAACCAUCCUUGUGGGUCUAUUUAUGAUCUCAUAUUCUCUCGACUUUCUACUUUUGAUUCCCCGAAAAACAUAUGAAAACUAGGUUUAUCGAUAUGUGUACUUUGUUCUUUGGCGGACGUACGUUGGUUCACAUCUAUGCUUUUGCUUCAUUAGUCAUUACUACAUGGAACAUGCUUCCCAACCCAACUUUAGAAGUGGGUGUAUUGGGAGUUUACCCAUUGUUCCUUGCUUAUAGUUUUCGUUUUCCUUUUCCUCCGGCCUCCCCUUAAAAACAAUGCUAUGCUGGCAGAAGAUUCAUUUGCGGACCUGAAAGCAGGCAGUCUAUUGCUACCGUGAUAUAUGAGUCAGAUUCAGAUACAAACAUAAAUAUGUUGUGGUCAUUUAAACAGUUGAUUGAUAAAAUUAUAAUGUGGUACAUAUAUUUGAAGCAAACCCCAUUUUUAUUUCACUGAAAUUGAGAUAUUUAUAUAAUUCAAUUUCUUAUUAAUUAUUAUUCUGUGUCAUGUAAUUGUAAGUGAAUAGUAGAUGAUAAAUUGAUAAUCGUCCAUGGUCUUUGCUUACCAACUUGGUUGACAGAGCUGCUAUGCUAUGGCCUAUCGGUAAGAAUCGGUAUUACUCUAUUUAGCUGAUAUGCUUUCUUCAUUGUGCCUCUUCAAUAAUGCUAAAAAUACUUCAUACUAGACUCGUCUUAAAUAUUGAAAAAUUUGGCUUUAUUAAUUUAAUCUUUUACCCAACUCAUGGAAUUUUCCCAUCCUUAGAUUACUUUUAGUAAUUGUUCACCGGAUUUUUACUAGAAUCCACUGU